AUGUCAACUCCUGACUUUCAAUAUCCAGGCUCGACUGCGGUGUCUUCAAACACAUCACCCAGCAGUAGUCUCGGAAGUCAAGGUGAUCUAUGCGUCGAGAUAAAUAAUGAACAGCAGCACCAGAUCAGCCCAUCACCAUUCACAGCGCGUUACUUAGAGCUUUGUAUUAAUACUGGACCAUACAGGAAAGUUGUCGCUGAGAUCGAUUUGACUUUCAUGAAGACAGAUGCUGAGCUAUUCACCACUAUUGCGGAAAGCUAUCGCAGAAACAGAGCUUCACACGGUGUCAUCCGGAUCGAGGUGCCUUUCCCUUGCCACAAGGUUCUUCGAAAAAAGCGCUUCGAGAUGUCAUUCACAAAGCCCAGCAAGAUCAUAUCUCGAAAGUUCCUCCUCGACCGAAGUCAAAGCCCCCAAGUCGCUGUCGGUGGUCAAGGAUUGCCUCCCAAAGUGGAGAUUGAGCGCCGGCGCUACAGUUACAAGUCUGCUGAGAUAACGGCCGAUGGAGUCAUGCCUCCGCACCAAUUCUUCCAUCUCUUCCACAACCCUAGCCCUCACACUAGUGAGACAUGGACUCCAUUCCUCCCGAAGAAGCUUGGAACAAGCAUCUUUGUCGACGAUUUACCAGAGGUCCUGAAAGCAGGCUAUGGUAUCCACAUUGUGGAGACUCUUGAUUGCUAUAUGCUGAGCCUCGUCACGUUUCUGACCUUGAUAGGAUCAGGAAUUUUCGCGAUAGCCUGGGCAGCAGUGACCAAGGAUGUACAAGGCGCCUUUAGCAUUGGGACAUAUGCCGUUGGUGUGAUGACGGCGGCACUCGGUACAGUAGGCUUUGGUAACGUAUGA